AUGUCUUUGUCAAUCCCAAAUGCGCCGAACGCCGGCCUGUUCAAGCAGGGCUACAAUAGCUAUGAUGCCGAAGAUGGUGCUGUCGUCCGGAACAUUGAUGCGUGCCGCACCAUUGCCCAGACUAUUCAGACCUCCCUUGGCCCGUAUGGCCGCAACAAAAUCGUGAUCAACCAUCUUCAGAAGAUGAUCAUGACCUCAGACGCUGCGACCAUUUUACGUGAACUGGAUGUAGUGCAUCCCGCCGCAAAACUGCUGGUUAUGGCCAGUCAGCAACAAGAGGCCGAAAUGGGCGACGGCACAAACAUGGUUAUCGUACUGGCUGGCGAACUACUAAAGAAAGCGGAGGAUCUCAUUCGAAUGGGAUUGAAAACGAGUGACAUUGUACAGGGCUAUGAAAAGGCGCAAAACUUUGCCCUGAAGUGCUUGGAUGAUCUUGAAGUAGACAGGUUACAAGAGUUACGCUCUACACCCGAAUUGGGAAAGGCAUUGAAGACAGUGAUUGGAAGCAAACAGUGUGGCUCCGAAGACAUCUUGGCCCCUCUCGUCGCUGAAGCCAUAUUGGCCGUUUUACCAAAAAACCCUGCUCAGUUCAAUGUCGACAAUGUUCGAGUAGUCAAGAUUAUGGGCGGAAGUCUGGAACAAUCAAAAGUGGUAAAAGGAAUGGUCUUCGGACGGGAACCAGAAGGAUCCAUUAAAAAGGCUAGAAAAGCCAAAGUUGGAGUUUACAGCUGCCCGGUUGACAUCUCGCAGACGGAAACGAAAGGAACAGUUCUCUUGAAAAAUGCAAAGGAAAUGCUUGACUUUACAAAGGGUGAAGAAAAUCGUCUAGAAGCCGCGAUCAAGGAACUUUAUGAUUCCGGCCUCCGCGUGUUGGUGGCUGGUACGACAGUCGGCGAAUUGGCCAUGCACUAUUUGAACCGAUUCAACAUCCUCGUCAUCAAAGUGCUCUCGAAAUUUGAACUCCGCAGAUUAUGCCGUGUCGUUGGAGCAACUCCACUUGCCCGGUUGGGAGCUCCAAUGCCAGACGAGAUGGGAAGCAUUGAUGUUGUUGAGACUAUGGAAAUUGGUGGUGAUCGAGUCACUGUUUUCCGCCAAGAGGACACAAGCAGUGUGACGCGAACAUCUACCAUCGUACUUCGCGGUGCGACUCAAAACCUUUUAGAUGAUGUGGAGCGCGCGAUCGAUGAUGGUGUCAAUGCCGUGAAAGCGAUUACCAAAGACCCUCGCCUUGUUCCAGGAGCUGGAGCCACGGAAAUUCAACUCUCAGAGAGAAUCUCCAAAUUCGCCGAUACAACUCCCGGACUAGCUCAAUACGCGAUUCGAAAAUAUGCCGAAGCUUUUGAAGUGAUUCCUCGCACACUAGCCGAAUCAGCAGGUCUCAACGCGACAGAAGUUUUAUCAAGGUUAUAUACCGCUCACCAGCAACAGAGUAGCUCAGGAAAUAACGAGCAGGAGUCUGAAGCGUCGUCUGAAGAUGACGACGAGGAAGAGUCUUCAGAAGAAGAAGAAGACGCAUACUGGACGACUGGCGUUGACAUUCAGGCCUCCACCCCAAGUGGCACGAUUGACGCCGUUGAGGAGGAAAUUCUAGAUCUUCUUGUCUCGAAGCAAUGGGCGAUUAAACUUGCGACCGAGGCCGCAAGGACCGUGCUCAGUGUUGACCAGAUUAUAGUGGCAAGGCAGGCUGGCGGUCCCAAGCCACCAGGUCAAAAUCCCAACUGGGAUGAAGAUUAA